CUGGGAGAUGCACCUAAACCGUAGCACCUCACAGUUGCUGCUCUGUGCACACCUGGGUUACUUUCUGAAUUUUCUGGAGCCAGUAAACAACAUUACCAUUGUCCAGGGUCAGACUGCAAUUCUACACUGCAAGGUGGCAGGAAACCCACCCCCCAAUGUGCGGUGGCUAAAGAAUGAUGCGCCGGUUGUGCAGGAGCCCAGGAGGAUCAUCAUCCGGAAGACAGAAUACGGUUCUCGACUGAGAAUCCAAGACUUGGACACAACAGACACUGGCUACUACCAAUGUGUGGCUACCAAUGGAAUAAAGACCAUUACUGCCACUGGAGUCCUCUAUGUGCGGCUUGGUCCAACACACAGCCCAAAUCAUAACUUUCAGGAUGACUACCAGGAAGAUGGAUUCUGCCAGCCUUACCGAGGAAUUGCCUGUGCACGCUUCAUUGGGAACAGGACCAUUUAUGUAGACUCUCUCCAGAUGCAAGGGGAGAUUGAGAACCGAAUUACAGCGGCCUUCACCAUGAUUGGCACCUCCACACACCUGUCAGACCAGUGCUCCCAAUUCGCCAUCCCAUCCUUCUGCCACUUCGUGUUCCCGCUGUGCGAUUCUCGCUCUCGGGCACCCAAGCCACGUGAGCUGUGCCGAGAUGAAUGCGAGGUGCUGGAAAGUGACUUGUGCCGCCAGGAGUACACGAUCGCACGCUCCAACCCACUCAUCCUCAUGCGGCUGCAGCUGCCCAAGUGUGAGGCGCUGCCCAUGCCUGAGACCCCAGAUGCUGCCAACUGUAUGCGCAUCGGCAUCCCAGUGGAGAGGCUUGGCCGAUACCACCAGUGCUACAAUGGCUCCGGCUCGGAUUACAGAGGUACAGCCAGCAUCACCAGGUCAGGACACCAGUGCCAGCCAUGGGCCCUACAACAUCCUCACAGCCACCAGCUGUCUAGUGCAGAUUUCCCCGAGCUCGGAGGGGGUCACGCCUACUGCCGGAACCCUGGAGGCCAGAUGGAAGGUCCCUGGUGCUUUACGCAGAAUAAAAACGUACGCAUGGAACUGUGUGACGUACCCUCCUGUAGUCCCCAAGAUAGCAGCAAGAUGGGAAUUCUGUAUAUCCUGGUACCGAGCAUUGCAAUUCCCUUGGUCAUUGCUUGCCUGUUCUUCUUGGUCUGCGUGUGCCGGAAUAAGCAGAAGGCUUCUGGAUUAGCCCCUCAACGGCGUCAGCUGAUGGCCUCGCCCAGCCAGGACAUGGAGCUUCCGCUCAUCAGCCAGCACAAACAGGCCAAACUCAAGGAGAUCAGCUUGUCCGCAGUGCGGUUCAUGGAGGAGUUGGGGGAGGACCGCUUUGGGAAAGUCUACAAAGGUCAUCUUUUUGGGUCUACUCCAAGUGAGCAGACCCAGGCAGUGGCCAUCAAAACGCUGAAGGACAAAGCAGAGGGGCCGCUCCGGGAGGAGUUCCGUCAUGAGGCCAUGCUGCGGGCACGGCUACAGCACCCCAACAUUGUCUGUCUGCUGGGUGUCGUGACCAAGGACCAGCCCCUCAGCAUGAUCUUCAGCUACUGCUCGCAUGGUGAUCUCCAUGAGUUCCUGGUCAUGCGCUCACCACACUCAGAUGUGGGCAGCACUGAUGAUGACCGUACUGUGAAGUCUGCCUUGGAGCCCGCUGACUUCGUGCAUGUUGUGGCGCAGAUUGCUGCAGGGAUGGAAUACCUGUCUAGCCACCAUGUGGUCCACAAGGACCUGGCCACCCGCAAUGUGCUGGUGUAUGACAAGCUAGCGGUGAAGAUCUCAGACCUGGGCCUCUUCCGAGAGGUAUAUUCUGCUGACUACUACAAACUGAUGGGGAACUCGCUGCUGCCCAUCCGGUGGAUGUCCCCUGAAGCAAUCAUGUAUGGCAAGUUCUCCAUUGACUCAGAUAUCUGGUCCUAUGGUGUGGUCCUCUGGGAGGUCUUCAGCUACGGCCUGCAGCCCUACUGCGGGUACUCCAACCAGGAUGUGGUGGAGAUGAUCCGUGGCCGCCAGGUGCUGCCGUGCCCAGACGACUGCCCUGCUUGGGUCUAUGCCCUCAUGAUCGAGUGCUGGAAUGAGUUCCCUAGUCGGCGGCCCCGGUUCAAGGACAUCCACAGCCGGCUCCGGGCCUGGGGCAACCUGUCCAACUAUAACAGCUCAGCACAGACCUCUGGGGCCAGCAACACCACACAGACCAGCUCACUGAGCACCAGUCCCGUGAGCAAUGUGAGCAAUGCCCGCUAUGUGGGGCCCAAGCAGAAGGCCCAGCCCUUCCCACAGCCCCAGUUCAUCCCCAUGAAGGGCCAGAUCAGACCCAUGGUACCCCCACCCCAGCUCUACAUUCCCGUUAAUGGCUACCAGCCAAUGACGGCCUAUGGGGCCUACCUGCCCAACUUCUACCCAGUCCAGAUCCCCAUGCAGAUGGCUCCUCAGCAGGUACCCCCUCAGAUGGUCCCCAAGCCCAGCUCACACCACAGUGGCAGUGGCUCUACCAGCACGGGCUAUGUCACCACAGCUCCCUCUAACACGUCUGUGGCGGACAGGGCAGCCCUGCUGUCUGAGGGCACCGAGGAUACACAGAACAUCCCAGAAGAAGUGGCCCAAAGCCCUGUGCAGGAAGCAGAGGAGGAGGAAGAAGGCUCUGUCCCAGAAACUGAGCUCUUGGGAGACAAUGAAACUCUACAGGUAGAUGAGGCCCAAGUCCAGCUGGAAGCCUGAAGGCCACACAAGGCCCAGGACACCAGGAGGGAAGUCCCCAUUGGGACUUACAGGGACUCAGCCACAUUUCAGAAGUCACAGAUGCUCAGUCACAAGAGCCCAGAGACUAGUUGGCUGGUUGGCAGACCCAGGAACCUGAGACUGUGGAGCUCUGCCCCUGUCUUGUCUGCUGUCCAUGCUCAACACUGCUGCCAUGAUCCCCACUGGGCAGGAGGUCAUUUCAGCCAGUAGUGUCUGAGCCGGGUGGGGGCGCAGUAGCAUGAGCUCCUCAGAAGCAGAUGCGGUGACCCUGGUGCUGCCUGCAUAUAUCCUGGGGAUAGAUUGGUAAUGAGCAGCGAUUACUUUGUUAAAAAAAAAAAUAGAUGGCAUCUUCGCUCCGUAUUGUACAUGGAUCGAAUAUUUAGAAUUGUGGGAGAAGCAGGCCUGCAAAAUGUGGCAAGGAGGCACCUGGGUUUUGAGACCCACAGGUUUGAAAGUGAGGGAAGCUCUUUUUCUCUCGGCUGCCUCCGUUGCUAUAGCCUUAUUUGCCCUUUAGCAGCUAAAGAUGAACAGAGCAGGACACUGCACCCACAGAUCCCCAGGAGGAAAGGGCUUCUGAAAUGAGGGCUCCCUGUAUUAAAGGAAAAUGUGCCUUUCCAGAAACCAGUACAUCCUUGUAUUCUUGUGAAAUGUUUUAAUUGUAUGACAUGUGUACUUUGCCUACUCUUGUGGAUUCAUGGGAAACUGUUGCAUUUAGAAUAUUCAAAAGGAAGCAAUAUUGUACAGAACACAGUAUUGUUAUUUUUUUUAAAGAAACAUGUACAGACUUUAAAUGUAAUUUAUAUGUUUUGUGUGCCAUUUUCAUGGAAGAAUUUUGAUCUAAAUAAUGACUUAGUAAUUUAACUGUUUACACGAUCCACGUGGGGACACCAUGGGGCUGUAAUUUCAGUUUGUUUUUGUGCCACAUGUGAUUGAGGUCCAUGCAUUUCAGGGUCCCACUACACAGACCCAAGGUGUGCUGUCUGUACCCUGCACACACUGCCAGUUCCAUUUGUAAACUCCACAUACACCUGGUGUAUCAAAUAAAGUGAAG